CGUAACUGCCUCUUACAUGAUAUCGCGGUGUCACUAAUAUUUUUUUCUCAUUGAUGCUCGCAUGCCUUCAUCACACCUGCUGCAUCAUGGCUGGAUUUCUCAGAUCGCUGUGGAGGUAUAGGGAUUACAUCGUGAUUGUUCUGACGCCUAUCCUGCUUCUGCCGCUGCCACUGGUCAUCCCGACUUCAGAAGCAAAAUGUGGCUAUGUGAUAAUCCUCAUGGCGCUGUACUGGUGCACAGAGUGUAUCCCCCUGGCUGUGACCGCCCUGCUGCCCGUCAUCCUCUACCCCAUGAUGGGCAUCAUGGAAGCAAGCGAGGUUUGUAUCCAGUACCUGAAAGACUCCAACAUGCUCUUCAUCGGUGGCCUGCUGGUGGCUAUAGCUGUUGAGCACUGGAACCUACACAAGAGAAUCGCCCUAAAAGUCCUGCUCAUUGUUGGGGUGAAGCCAUCGCUUCUGAUGAUUGGCUUCAUGAGCACCACAGCCUUUCUGUCCAUGUGGAUCAGUAACACGGCGUCUACAGCCAUGAUGCUGCCCAUCGCCAACGCCGUGCUGCAGCAGCUGUCUGACACGGAAGCCAGAUCUGAAGAGAGGGAAAUGAUGGAGGGUGUGGACAACCAUGCCAUUGAAAUGAACGAACACGUAGAAAUGAACGGCAAAUUAAAAGGAAACACCGGUGAGGAUUACACCAAAGACUUAAAGGAGUUCAAAGAAAAUAAUGUCACUUCAAGUCCCGGCUCUGACCCUGCAGAAGUCCGUGACAGGAGUCCAGAGCAUGAGCAGCGACGACUGAAGAGGGAGGAGCGAUAUCUGAAGCUGUCCAAAGGCAUGAGCCUGUGUGUGUGUUAUGCCGCCAGCAUCGGCGGGACGGCCACCCUCACCGGAACCACACCCAAUGUCAUCCUGAUGGGCCAGAUGAAUGAACUCUUCCCAGGAAAUGGAGGAAUAAUCAAUUUUGCAAGUUGGUUUGGUUUCGCCUUCCCCAACAUGUUGCUAAUGCUCAUUCUGUCUUGGCUGUGGCUGCAGAUCAUCUUUUUGGGUUUCAACUUGAAAAAGUCGUUUGGAUGUGGCUCAAACAAUGCCAGUGACCGGGAAGCUUAUCAGGUGAUCAAAGACGAGUACAAGGCUUUGGGCCCAAUGAGCUUCGCCGAGGGCUGCGUGCUGUUUAACUUCACGUUGCUUGUGCUUCUGUGGUUCACAAGGGAGCCUGGGUUCAUUCCAGGCUGGGCAACUGUGCUCUUCAACCAAGAAAAGACCUAUGUUACAGAUGGAACUGUGGCCAUAUUUAUGUCAACUCUGUUCUUCUGCAUCCCAUCGAAAAUACCCAUAUGCUCGGGGAGGUCCCGGGACGAUGCACCCGCCGAAGCUCCUACACCUCUGCUUACGUGGGAUGUCGUCCAUGAAAAGUUUCCUUGGAACAUCCUCUUACUUCUGGGCGGAGGUUUUGCAUUGGCCCACGGAAGUGAGAAAUCUGGACUUUCUAGUUGGAUGGGGGAAAUUCUGGUGCCACUGGAGAGCAUCCCUCCUUUUGCCAUCUCCAUCGUGCUUUGUCUGCUGGUGGCCAUGUUCACCGAAUGUUCCAGUAACACCGCCACCACCACACUCUUUCUGCCCAUACUGGCCUCCAUGUCGACUGCCAUUAACAUCCACCCGCUGUACGUCAUGUUUCCCUGCACCAUCUCUGCCUCGCUGGCCUUUAUGCUGCCCGUGGCCACUCCACCUAAUGCCAUUGCCUUCUCUUACGGCAACCUGAAAGUUAUUGACAUGGCCAAGACUGGAUUCAUUCUGAACUUUGUUGGAGUCAUAACCAUCAACAUUGCCAUUAACACAUGGGGUGUGGCGAUGUUCAAUCUCAACACCAUUCCCUCUUGGAUUAAUGGCACUGCAACUCCCUGAAAACACAGGAGGAAAACAGGGAAAUGAACAAUAUCUGCUUAUUUAUCAGGAUUCCACCCCUGGAGGACUUGGCUAGCAGGUGUUUUAAUAUUUUAUAUUUGAUGCUCCCAUUUAUAUUUCAGCCAGUGUAGCCUGAUGUUCACCUCGGCCUGUCCUUGGAGGCUGAUACAAGCUUCUUCUCUGCAGCUUUCUGUCUUACAUCGUGCCUCACAAUGUGACGGGGCUCAGAAAACCAGCUGCAGACAAAGGAGCGCCUCCUGUUCAUGUGUUGACUGAGCAGAGGUUAAGUUUAAUCUUUGAUAAAUCAUCUUGUGGAGUCAAAAAACAACAAAAAAAACAACAGUCCAGAACUUAACUUUGUGAUUUUUAUUCACUGUCAAGACGUUAAAACAAAUGUUCUUAAAUGAAAAAAAAUGUAGCUUUCUGUAAAAAAAAAAAAGAUAUGUUGUUGUGUUGUGAGUUCAUAGCAUCUGUAAUAAAGCGUUACACUUUACUAAUAUAAUAAAUGUUAAAACAUG